AUGAAGAAUAACCCGAAGGAGGAAAUCAAGAAACAGAUGAAUGUUGCCAUGGUGACACGGGAUGAGGUGAAACAAGUCAAGGCAAAAAAAGACAUAAACGUGUUGGCUAAAAGUACAAAGUCCUCUCAAAAAGACAAGAUUCCACGUGACAAGAAAUCAUCUAAGAAGACACAAAAUAGUCAAAAUAAAAAGACUAAUGCCAAGAAGGAAGUGCCUCGAGAUACCAAUACACCAUACAAUGAGAAGAAAACGUACCAAAGUGGCAAGACACCACGUGGUUUAACGACAGUAACUGACGAUGCAUAUGAUGUUCCUAUCCCUCAUGAUAAUGCUGUGGUCUUGUCUGUUGCGGCGACGCCACAUGUUGAGGAAGAACGGGCCAACAAAGCUAAAGAAGGCACUAAGAAGGUGGUUAAGAGCACAAAGUCACAUGGAAAAGGAAAGAAUCUCGAUGACAAGAACUCAUCCAAGAAGUCAUCACGUGAUGUCAGUAAGAAUAUUGGCGCCAAGACAUCACAACCGGAAGUGACGAAGGUCAUGAUAGAUGAAGUGGACGCCCAGGAAAAGGAAAGGUCUGAGUUAGCCAAGGAGGAGCCUGUACCUGCAGAACAAGGAUUACAGAUAAUCAACGCCAGGAAAGAUAAAUCAAAGGAGCAAAUCAAGAGUGUUGCCAUGGUGAAACGGGAUGAGGAGGAACGAGUCAAAGCUAAAGAAGAUAUUAAGAAGGUGGCUAAGAGUACAAAGUCACAUGGCAAAGGAAAGAAUGCCCAUAACAAGAACUCAUCCAAGAAGACAUCACGUGGCGUAAGUAAGAAUAUUGAUGUCAGGACAUCACGUACUAAGAAGGAAAGGCCCAGAGAUGACAACACAGCACAUGAAGUAACGACAGCAAUUGACGAAAAAAAUAUUGCUGAAAGAAUGAACAUUGACAAAACCACCCCAGUGAUAAAGGUAAUGAGUGAUGAAGUAGACGUCAAAGAGAAGACAAGAAAAGAGAUAGCCAAGGACAAACAUGCAGAGCAAGAAUUACAGAUCAUCAAUGUCAGGAAUGGUAUGUAUAUCUAA